CCACCUGCACCAAGUUGACUUCAGCAUGGGGGAACAGAGCCGUUCUCCUGGAAGGGAACAGCACAACACACAAACGGAGACUCCAGGAAAAAGCUGGCACUCCCAGGCUUACACCCUUGGGGCCAUUUCCAACUUCAUGUCCACUUUUCUGACCUUUCCUAUCUAUAAGGUUGUGUUUCGGCAGCAGAUCCAUGCCCUGGCAAUGUCAGAGGCCAUGAGACAGCUUUGGCAUGAAGGGCCACAAUACUUCUACCGUGGCAUCUACCCUCCUCUUCUCUCCAAGACACUGCAAGGGACUCUGCUGUUUGGGACUUAUGACAGCCUGCUCUGCUCACUCUCCCCAGUUGGCCCCCACUCUCUGGGACAUCGCUGGGCUGCAGGGCUUAUGUCUGGUGUGGUGGAGGCUGUGGCACUGAACCCCUUUGAAAGGGUACAGAAUGUGCUCCAGGAUGGUCGUAAGCAAGCUCGCUUUCCCAGCACCUUCAGCAUUCUCAAGGAAUUCAAUUCUUACGGGUUUUGGGGGCGGAUGUCGCUGGGUUACUAUCGUGGUUUCUGGCCUGUUCUUGUACGAAACAGCCUGGGGAGUGCGCUCUAUUUUUCUUUCAAGGAUCCCAUCCGGGAUGGUUUGGCAGAACAAGGCCUGCCCCACUGGGUCCCUGCCUUGGUGUCUGGUAGUGUCAAUGGAACAAUUACAUGCUUGGUUCUGUAUCCUCUGAUUGUGCUGGUUGCCAAUAUGCAGUCCCAUAUUGGCUGGCAAAGCAUGCCAAGCCUGUGGGCCUCUGUCCAGGAUCUGUGGAAUACUAGGGGUCGAAAGGUGUUCCUGAUCUACCGGGGAGGCUCCCUUGUUAUCCUGAGGUCUAGUGUGACAUGGGGGCUCACUACUGCUAUCCAUGACUUCCUGCAAAGGAAGUCUCACUCCAGAAAAGAGCUGAACGACUGACUAGCUACAGAACUUGUAACCAUGGCAUCCUUCUAAUUCUAAAUCUUCCUCAGCCAAUUCUCUAUAGCCUCCUUGGCUCGGUUGCCUAAAACAGCCAUUCUUUUGCCACUAUAAGCUCCAUUUAAAUGGGAACUCUUCCCAACUACCAGCCUGCUGGGCACAGACAAAGCCCAACAUGCUUGCUUGAUCAGAAAGAGAAAAUCAUCCCAGUGUAUCCACAGUUUAUCUACAGAACGAGGCUUUUGAUUUGCAAUUCAGGUUGUCAUUCCUUUAAGGAGUUCCUUGAAAGUAAGAGACAGCUUAAAAAGAUAACCUAAUGCAGACAUUGCAAGUUCUGAGAAGUCUCCAGGUGUCCUCCAGACCAAACUGAAUUGAAAUCCAUUUUCAAAGAACUGUGCUUGACACUGAGGGUGGGGAUUCAUAGAACUUCUCAUAUGGUGAUAUGUUCAUGAUGUUGCUCGCUUGCCUCUACCAUCACAGCUCUAGUUGCUCAAGGUAGUAGGUCUUUGUUUCCAGGUAACAGCUGUAGGUAAAAGUCCUAAUUAAAUUUACCUCAACUCAUCAGGUACUUCAAGAACUAGUCGGACUGGAGAUGAGAGAUGUGUGGUCCCUUGAUGGAAAGGAUAACAACUUGGAAAAAGAGAUUUAGUUACAUGCAAGUUAGAAAAAUUUGAUGUAAAUUAUGUGGUGUUAUCCACUGAAGCAUUUUUUGUUAUCAAGAUGAUAACAUGUAGAAACCACUUGAGUUUUAUUAAGAAAUUUGGAGGUCAAGUGACCAUAUAUCUUCACAAAUAAUUGUACAUGUUGUUGAUAUGAUUAGAUAGGGCUACUAUUGCAUAAAGAUCACAUACCAUAGCUUGUCAUUCAAAGCCAUUCAGGAUACAGGCCUCAAAAACUUCCAACACAUGACCACACCACUCCCAUUUACAUGUCUCUUACACCAGCCGAAAUGGACAGCUGUUCUAUCCUCAUAUCCCAUGAACUUUCUCAUGACCAUGCCUUGGCCCACACUAACUUCUCCAUUCCUCAUCCUCCUUCUUUUAUGCCAGUCUACCAAAAGCCCUCUUGCUCUACGAACCCCAGCUCUGAUGCUACCUUUUCUAUAGGAGUCUCUUCUGAUUUUCCCCCAACUCAAUGUAUCAUUGGUCCUCUUUCUAACAACACAUUGUACAGGGACAUUAUUGCAUUACAUCACUGAUCUCUUGUGGCCUUGUGUUUCCAAUACCUCCUGCUAAACUGUAGACCAUCUUCAAAGAAGAGAUUCUCAUAAUGCAUUGUAAAAUCCUCCAUUAUGCCUAGGUGCUCGGUGAUGUCAUUGUGUUAGUUAACUGAUCAUUAAGCUGUGAUAUGGUCUGUAUCCUCAGGGUGCUGCCCCUUGUACACAAAGAUAACGUUCUUGAUUCACUGUCAGCAAGGCACACACCUUUGGAGUGUGUGUGUGUGUGUGUUUUUCUUUUCAUAGUUGAUUUCAUUUUGUGCUAAUGAUAAUGAUGCUGGUGAUAAUAACA